CACAAUUCUCAGCUACUUUGCUGUGUAAUACCUUUUCGUUUACUACUUCAACAACAUGGCUCAGCAGUCCACAGCUUAUCCUCCACCAGGGCAGGCAUACCCUCCACCUCCUCAGUCCUACCCACCACCAGGGCAGGGAUAUCCACAGGGGCCUUUUGUAGCUCCUCCACCUGUUGGUUAUCCCACCAAUGAUGGUUUUGGACACCCACAACAAUCUUAUCCUGUAGAAACCAAGAGCAGAGGUGAUGGGUUCUGGAAGGGAUGUUGUGCUGCCAUAUGUUGUUGCUGUGUCUUGGAUAUGUGCGCUUAAGGACUGAUCAUGUAGAGAGAAUAUUU